GUGGGAAACUGAAAGUCAGCUGGUGCAAACUCCAAUGACAGAUGUUUAUAAGUCACUAUGAACAAGACCGUAGUGCACUUAAAAAAAGGGAAUGGGAACGGAGGAAUCAAGAAGUCCAGCAAGAAGAUGAUCUCUUUUCUUCAGGCUUUGAUCUUUUUGGGGAGCCCUACAAGACAAACAAAGGUGAUGCACUUGCCAACAGAGUCCAGAACACGCUGGGAAACUAUGAUGAAAUGAAGGAUUUGCUAACUAACCAUUCUAAUCAGAAUCAUCUAGUGGGAGUCCCAAAGAAUUCUGUGCCCCAGACUCCCAUCAACAAAAAUGAACCAAGCUUUUUGCCAGAACAAAAGAACCGAAUGAUCCCUCCUUAUCAGGAUAACACUCACCCCUCUGGACCAAUGCCUCCACCUUCUGUUGUGAUACUGAAUUCAACUCUAAUACACAGCAACAAGAAAUCAAAACCUGACUGGCCACGAGAUAGUCAUAACACUAGCAUUGUACCGGCUAGCCAGGCCAGCAGUCAGCCAAAUAAGAUGCAGCCAUCUACACAGGAUCAGCCUCAAGCUAGACUGGAAGACUACUUUGUUUACCCAGCUGAACAGCCUCAAGUUGGAACACUUGAAGGAUCAAACCCAUCAGCAAAGGAAGGCAGUUAUCUCAAGUCCAUUGGAGGUGAUACAUUCAAAGAAAUCUUUCAAUCUAACUCACCAGAAGCAUCUGAAUUUACAGUGCAAGUACCUGGGUCUCCCCUACUUGCCUCGUCUUUAUUGGCUCCUAGCAGUGGCCUUUCAGUUCAAAACUUUCCACCAGGGCUUUACUGCAAAACAAGCAUGGGGCAGCAAAAACCAACUGCAUAUGUGAGACCUAUGGAUGGCCAGGACCAGACACAAGACAUAUCUCCAACACUGAAACCUUCUAUUGAAUUUGAGAACAGUUUUGGGAAUCUGUCAUUUGGAUCCCUCUUGGAUGGAAAACCAAGUACAGCCAGUUCAAAGACUAAACUGUCAAAGUUCACAAUUCUCCAAACAAGUGAAGUAACAAACAAGGUGAAGCACUUACCAACUGCUGCCUUCUAUUGGGAUACUUAG